UAGAGCUAAACUAAGCAAAUCUCUAAGACCUUUGCUUUUCAUUUCUUUUCUUUUUCUACAAAAUCCCUUUAAAAUAAAAACAAAAACACUAUGCAACCUUAAAACUCUUCCCGUUUAGUCUCUCUCUCUCUUCAUCGCCCUGACCUCUCAUAGGUCUCUCAACUCUCUCAUAACAUUACCAAAAACAUCCCAAAAAACUAAACAUCAUUAAAUUUUGAGCAAGUUUUUCAAUAUAAGAAUACAAUUGAUGGAGGCUGCAAAAGUUUACACACAAGAUGGCACCGUCGACCUCCAAGGCCGUCCCGUCCUAGCCUCUAGGACCGGUCGUUGGAGAGCUUGCUCCUUCCUCCUCGGGUACGAAGCGUUUGAGAGGAUGGCGUUCUAUGGAAUAGCGUCGAACUUAGUGAACUAUUUGACCACAAGACUUCACGAAGACACAAUCUCUUCGGUUAGAAAUGUGAACAAUUGGUCCGGUGCUGUUUGGAUCACUCCGAUCGCCGGAGCUUACAUAGCCGACUCAUACAUCGGUCGCUUUUGGACUUUUACUGCCUCGUCUCUCAUCUACGUCCUGGGGAUGAUUCUCUUAACAAUGGCGGUAACGGUGAAAUCCCUUAGACCGACAUGCGAAAAUGGGGUAUGCAACAAGGCAUCCUCUUUGCAAAUAUCCUUUUUCUACAUAUCCCUCUAUACCAUAGCUAUUGGAGCCGGUGGAACAAAACCUAACAUUUCUACAUUUGGAGCGGACCAAUUCGACAGUUGUAGCAUUGAAGAGAAAAAACAAAAGGUUUCAUUCUUCAAUUGGUGGAUGUUUAGCUCUUUCUUGGGCGCGUUGUUUGCUACAUUGGGGCUCGUAUACAUCCAGGAGAACCUCGGAUGGGGUUUAGGUUAUGGCAUCCCCACAGUAGGACUCUUGGUUUCUCUCAUUGUCUUCUAUAUAGGAACACCAUUUUACAGACAUAAGGUUAUCAAAUCAGACAAUUUGGCCAAAGAUUUGGUUCAAGUUCCGAUUGCGGCAUUCAAAAACCGGAAGCUUCCUUGUCCUGAUGACAUCUCCGAGCUUUAUGAGCUUGACUCCCAUUAUUACAAAAGCACCGGUAAACAUCAAGUUCACCACACUCCCACCUUCAGGUUCUUGGAUAAAGCGGCCAUUAAGACAAGUUCAAGAAAUUUACCAUGUACGGUGACAAAAGUGGAAGUGGCAAAGCGACUGCUAGGACUUAUCUUUAUAUGGCUUGUCACUUUAAUCCCAAGCACCUUGUGGGCACAAGUCAACACUCUCUUCGUGAAACAAGGGACCACGCUGGACCGAAACAUUGGAUCCAACUUCCAGAUCCCCGCAGCUUCACUAGGAAGCUUUGUUACGCUCUCGAUGCUUCUCUCUGUGCCCAUGUACGACCAAUACUUUGUUCCCUUCAUGCGCAAGAAAACCGGAAACCCUAGAGGGAUCACUCUACUCCAAAGGCUAGGGAUAGGGUUUGCCAUACAAAUUGUUGCGAUCGCGGUUGCUUCAGCCGUGGAGGUCAAGAGGAUGCGUGUGAUAAAGGAAUUUCACAUAACUAGCCCGAAACAAGUUGUGCCUAUGAACAUUUUCUGGUUGCUCCCUCAAUACUCUCUUCUAGGCAUUGGGGAUGUGUUCAACGCAAUUGGUUUGCUUGAGUUUUUCUAUGAUCAGUCACCUGAGGAGAUGCAGAGCCUUGGAACAACGUUUUUCACGAGUGGCAUCGGCCUUGGAAAUUUCUUGAACAGCUUCUUGGUAACAAUGAUUGAUAAGAUCACGAGUCAAGGCGGAGGGAAAAGUUGGAUUGGGGAUAAUUUGAAUGACUCUAGGCUUGAUUACUAUUAUGGGUUUCUAAUGGUGAUUUCGAUAGUGAACAUGGGAUUAUUCUUGUGGGCAGCGAGCAAGUAUGUUUACAAGAGUGAUGAGACCAAGGAGGUUAGUGGAGGAUGUGUUCAAAUGGAGACCAAAGCCAUAGACACAUCUCCUCUUAGUAUCUAAUUAUAACAAUGUGAUCAGAGAUAUGUAUAUAUAUGUUUUCAAGAAAAUAUGAAGUUGUAAAAUUCUGAUUAACAUGAUGAAUAAAACUUUAGUGUUUAUUCUUAUCAAACAAUUUAAGUCUGGAA